CCUAAUGCCUUGCCUACUAGGUACCCUAUUCUAUGGCCCUCGCAUAUGUGGAUUUGACGUAACGUAUUUUAAUCUAGCCCGUACCUAGUCGUAAUAUACCGACAAGAUGCCGAGACGAAGUCGAAAGGGACCUCAGGCAAAGGAUGCGGCCAUGUUGCCGUUGCCUCACGGUUUAGGGGUUGUCUUAGGAGCUGGUGUAACCAAAACAUCAGCUACUAUUGAAAAGUCGCCUUUCUCUAAUUUGCCAUCCAUCGCCGAUUCACAACCUACGGUAGACUCAAUCGCUAAUGCCCAUCCAUUGCCUAUUCCACAAACGUCAUUCACCCCUGAGGUGCCGGUUGAAGCAAUAGCGACAACAGCGGUGACUUCGGAAGAAGCUGGUGUUAAGAAAAUUCAAACUCCAAGUUUGUUUAGACUUGAGACUGCCUCUGUCAAUACGCCAAUCAGCGGCGGCCGGCAAUUACGACCAAGAAACCCAAAGGUGAAUGUUCAAAAGUCUUUGGCGCAAGAUACUCUAUCCUUUUCCGUUACGAAGCUUCAACACGCCGAUAGACAAGAUUCUAAGAGCACAACACUGAAGCGAAAGGCUCAAACGGAGGGUAUAUCUGACGCUGGGAACCAAGAUAUACUCGAACCUAAAACUAAAAGAGCGAAGAGGAUCGCUAGAAAGACAAAGGAUAAUCCUUAUGGUUUGACGCCAGGUGUGAGUCCUUUCCCUACGUGGGUGCCGCCAACCGCGGAGCAGUGUGAAGAAGUUUUCGACUUGCUCAGAAAAACGCACAACACUGUUUUGACCCAAUCACCAGAAGUUAUACCUCCUCCUUCUCUAGAGGUAACUGGAUGUGGGGAGGUUCCGUCUCUGCUCGAUGGGCUACUUAGGACAUAUCUGAGCACUGCAGUAAGCAUGGACAGCUCGAACAAGAUGUUACAAAAUGUAGCCGCAAAGUUCGGAGUAUUGAAUGGGGGAAUUGGAAAUGGAAGUGUGGACUGGAAUAAUGUUCGGCUACAUAAGACGGAGGUGCUGUAUGAUGCCAUUCGCAAAGGGGGUCUGGCAACUGAAAAGUCUAAGAACAUUAAGACCAUUCUCGACAUGGUUUAUGAGGAAAACGUCGAACGGCGUAAGGCAUAUCUCGAGGAAAGGAAGACCGGUGUGCAUGCAAACGUAUUCGCAGCGGCAGAAAAGACAGACGGACAGAAGGACUUUGAAGUACAGGCAGUGGAGCAGAAUGUCCUUUCACUUGAACAUCUCCGUGGCUUGCCAAGCGACGAUGUCAUGAAGCAUCUGACCAAAUACCCUGGUAUUGGUGUUAAGACCUCAGCAUGCGUUAUCCUCUUUUGUCUUCAAAUUCCAUGCUUUGCUGUUGACACCCACGUUCACAGAUUUGCGCGAUGGCUAGGAUGGGUGCCGGAGAAAACAAACGCCGAUGAUACAUUCAGUCACUUGGAUGUCAGAUGCCCGGACCAGUUCAAGUACGGUCUGCAUCAAUUGUUUAUCCAACACGGAAAACUGUGCGGGAAAUGCAAGGCAAACACCGUUGAAGGGACAAAGGAUUGGGCUGUUCUCGACGAAUGUCCGCUAGAGAACCUGAUUCGCCGAUUCGGAAAACGGCAGUCAAAGCCGAAGGGAGGACAGGAAAAGAAGAAGCAAGAAGAGAAGAUUAAGGAGGAGGAGGAAGAUGAUGAGAAUUAA